AUGGACGAUGUCCAGGUCCACGACGUCGAUCGGAUAGCAGCGAUUCUCAUAUUUCUUACGAGCUUCAUUGGAUUUUCGUGCAAUACGUUCAUCGCGAUCUACAUCAAACGCCUCUCGCUUCUUCGCAAUUCAUUCGGAAGACUAUUGCAACUUCAGGCGAUUGGCGAUGCGAUUUUUGUGCUGGUUUGGGCGUUUUAUUUCGCGCCGGUUCUCUUUUUCGACAUUAAAGCGCUGCAAAUACUGCCGAUCGCCUCGCACCUCGCUCAGCUGUGCCUCAUUUGCUACGACAUUUCCAUUUACACGCAUCUCAUCAUUUCAUUCAACCGAUUCAUCUCACUAUACUUUCCGACGAGCUACCAAGCAAUCUUCACCGAUCGAUUCACAUCGAUUCUCGUGUUCGCAAUCGUCUUCGUUUCAUUUAGUUUCUCAUGGUUCCUCAUAGCUGUUGAUUGUCGAAUGGGCUUUUCGAUUCCACGAUGGAUGCUCGAUUAUGUCAGUCCACCGUGUGAAAUGAUCAAUGUCUACUACGCCGAAUUCUUCAGAGGUCUCAUCUUGAUUUCAAUGUUUGCGUUCAUCAACACAUGCACGUUCGUCCGAAUGCAUUUCCACAAUAGGAAGAAGCAAGCUUCGAGUCAAUUCGAGACGACGCAGCAGAAGAAGCGACGAGCUGUUGAAACCGCGUUCGUGCAACAAGUUACCCUCCAAGGGCUGUUGUACGUCAUCGAACUCGUCACCUACUUCUACAUCGCGAAUUCUUUCCCAGUUCCACUGGAACCCGAAGCACUUUCCGAAUCGCCGAACCGCUGGCCCAACUUUCUUCUCACCACCUAUGCGUGGAUUCUUGUUCACUCGUUGGAUGGAGUGAUCACAUUGAUAUUCAAUCGUCAAUUCCGCACAGUUUUCACUCGUCCGUGGCGCUCGGCAAACACGCUGAACAUCUCGAAGACUCCGUCAAGGAGAAGCCGCUACAUGACGACACGAGACGAAUCGCGCAAGAAGAGCUCAAUUUUGGCGUGCACAUUUAUCUCAAAUUCGAACACUCAACUCGGCUCGUCGGCCCACGUCUUGACGAGGCAUCGGCAAGAUUCUCGCGAAUUUCUCAAAGCAGCUCGUCUUGUCUUGGAUCAAAGGCAAGACAAGAAACUCGAGACGCUCGCCUUGUCUUGCAUUGAGCAAUUGUGCUUGGGAUUGUAUUGCCUUGUACUUGACAGUGCUGGACGCUUGAAGGUCUUGUAG